UUUAUUUGGUUCAGAGAAUGAGAAUUGCCUUGCCAAUAAUGCCAAUAGAGUUUGAUGACUGUAAAAGUGUAAACUCUAAUUUUGGGAAUAAAUUGGUUUAAAAUAGUUUACUUUGUGAUAACUAGUAUAAGAAAGUUUGUUUAGAGGGGUAGAAGACAAAAUUCAAGAUGGCGUUUGCAGGGUUAAAGAAACAAAUCAACAAAGCUAAUCAGUAUGUCACAGAAAAAAUGGGAGGUGCAGAAGGAACAAAGCUGGAUCUGGACUUCCAGGAUAUGGAACGGAAAACAGACGUCACCUACGAGCUGGUCGAAGAGCUCCAGGUCAAGACCAAGGAGUUCCUGCAGCCGAACCCGACGGCGCGCGCCAAGAUGGCCGCCGUGAAGGGUAUCAGCAAGCUGAGCGGGCAGGCGAAGUCGAACACGUACCCGCAGCCCGAGGGGGUUUUGGGGGACUGCAUGCUGAUGUACGGCAGGAAGUUGGGCGACGACAGCCUGUUCGGGCUGGCGUUGGUGGAGAUGGGCGAGGGGCUGAAGCAAAUGGCGGACGUGAAGUAUUCGCUGGACGAUAAUAUCAAGCAGAACUUCUUGGAGCCGCUGCACCAUCUGCAGACCAAGGACUUGAAGGAGGUGAUGCACCAUCGGAAGAAAUUACAAGGCAGGAGACUCGAUUUCGAUUGCAAACGAAGAAGGCAAGCUAAAGGUUCAAAUAUUCCAGAUGAUGAAAUCAGGAUGGCAGAAGACAAGUUUGCAGAGUCACUACAUCUAGCUCAAAUGGGGAUGUUCAAUUUGUUAGAAAAUGACGUCGAACAAAUUUCUCAAUUAGCAACAUUUGCUGAAGGUUUAUUAGAUUACCACACCCAGUGUAUAGAGGUUUUGAAGGUUUUGACUGAAACUCUUCUGGAAAAGAAAGAUGAUGCGGCUAAUCGUCCAAAGGUCGAAUUUGUACCAAAAUCUCUGCACGAUUUGAACAUAGAAGGCGUAACAGAUGGUUUAAACGGUACAAAUACAAAUAAUCAUAAUAAUAUGUUUAAUCAUAAUAGUAAUUACCAAAGUAAUAGUAAUAUAUCAGGUGGCUAUCAGUUCAAAAGGCCUGCGCCGAAAUCAGUUCCUAUCAAACAACAACCGUCUUAUAAUAAACAAGUUGAUCCUUUCGACCCUUGGAACUUCCCACAAGGCUCUUCACAAGUGUCUUCACCUCAACAUAAACCAUACCAACUCGAGUUGCAACCAGGACAACAAUCUGCUAAUGCAUCGCCAUUGCCGUCCCCUAUGAAAUCUCCUGCCAGGACACCGAUGACUAGGCAACCAUGCUGUAUUGCACUCUAUGAUUUUGAUCCAGAAAAUCCUGGUGAACUCGGAUUCAAGGAAAAUGAUGUGAUAAUGCUCAUGAACAAGAUCGACGAGAAUUGGUUCGAAGGUAGCGUCAACGGUCGUACCGGUUACUUCCCAGUUAACUAUGUGAAGGUGGACGUUCCAUUACCAUGAAUCACCGGUUGAAUGAGGAUGAAUGAACAACAAACCCCUUAUGUUUCAUUGAGUAUUAAAUCGUGCGUAAUAGUUUCGUUCACUUGCCUUCGUUAUGAUUAUAUUCAACUGCACUCUCAGAAGUGAGAUCAUGCCAUAUGUAUAUUUAUGCAGCGCGCUUCGAAGGUGCCAUCCUUGAUAUUGAAAGGAAACCUACGAUUUCAAAAUUAGUAGAGCUUUUCCAGUGAAAAAUGACCUUGAAUUUUGGCCGAUAAAAGCGGGUUCCGGUUAUAUCACUCCGGUAAUAGUUGACACUCGAAAUCUCCAAUGUACCGGAAUGGAAUUGAUUUGUUGAUUAUGAUGAAAACAAGCUAUGAUGGACUCACUGGCCAGUUGUUAUAUUUGAUAUGAAACAAUGUAUUCAUCGAUAGAUGGCGUGAGCGAUCGAGAGAAACAUUUUGACAAAUUAUAAUAUUUAAACUUGAAAAGUGGCUUAUAUCAAAUUUGUUAGCAACCAAAAAUGGAUUCCUAUAUAUUGCGCCUCUGUAAUUUUGGAUUAAAAUCAAACUGAACUCAGCAAUAAAGUUAGGCUCGUCACUGCUCCACCUAAAAGUCAUAACAUUUCAGGCCUGAAUAUGCAGAAUGCCGAUAUAUUUGAGUAGAGACAUAAUUCUCUGUGUGCCAUAAUCUCAUUGUUGUAAUUCCUUCAGAACUUUACGGAAUGUUCUUCAACCACCUAAAUAUCAUUGAUAUUGAGAGAAUUAUUGAGGAAAUAUAUAGUACCUACGGGUGAUCACAAAAUAGAAGUUGUUGGUCUUAUUCUGUCCCGCUCUGUAUUUGAGUCGAGUUGUUUUUACAUCAGUAAUGCCAGGUUGGGCUUCAUAAAAAUUGAUAUCCGGACAUAUCCACAGUGACAAUAUUAAUUAAUAUUUUUGGUGAUCAUAAUCAUUAUGUUUCCAAAAAAACAACGAAGUUUGGAUUUUCUCCAGAUUUUUUCUUCGUGUGGUUCUGAACAAACCCUAAAAUUAUAAUAUUGGAAAUUUGUUUCUACUAUUCAAUUAACUGUAAAAUGUGUUCAAAUUUACGGAAUGGCCCUAUACAGUGCAUCCAAACCGAAAAGUUGUCUUGAAAGCAUGAUAAACGUCAUGAUUCUUCCAGGAUAUAAUCGAAUACAACAUAUUUCACUGCCUUUCUAAGAACAUGACUCUGCUUAAAGAUAAUAUAACAAAUGUACCUACCUGAAGCGAACAUUCAUUUCUUCAAGUCAUUGUUACUGUAAUUGAUGAUUUUGUUAUCAUUAUUGUUUUACGGUGGUUACGGGUUUAUAUUCAUAGAGAUGCAUCACCUUGCUUGAUAUUCGUUAAUAUAACGGAAUCCUCAAUUUUAUCAUAAUGAAAACGCUGGUUACAGACAUCUAGAUUUUAAAUGUAGUUUCAUUUCAAUUCAAACCUCACAGAAACAACACUGUAUAGGGGCAUUUAUCUACAGGGAAGUUCCACUGCCAGUUUCUGGUCAAUAGACAAAACUCGCCAAUAACAAUAUUUACAAGAUGACUUUGACUCGGACUCGACAAUUACCGUUCUUGUGAUUGGUUAGGAAGACUUCACACGCUAGUGGCGCCAUCAGAACAAUGGUUUUUUUGUGAAACCUACCAUUGCUAGUUGUGUUCUCAAAUUACGUUUCCGCUUCACAUGUUGCGCACACAUACUUAUACAAAAUUCAUACAGUUCGGUUCAUAGGUUAGGAAUGAAUGCAUUCAAAAUUCAUUUCCAACAAUGAAGAAAGUUGACGUGAUCUAUAGCUUUAAUAAUUUUGUAUUUUUUACACUUGUUCCCUUCUAAAGGUGUUAACACCUUUGAUAAUAUGAUAUGUGAACACCAAAACAUGAUUGUGCGGUGUUUCAUUUUUUUAUAAAAAAUCUUUACCUGAAUGUAGAAUGCAUUAUAUGGAAUGGAAUUCCUUAAGGAACUAUAGAAUCCCGAAUCAAUACCAUAUAUCAAUUAUGAAAACGGUUUAGUAAGUCUAAUCGAGCUUCGGGGUCAUGAUCAAUUUGUGAGAAAAUAUUUUCUGGCAAGGCCAUAAUUCGAAUCUUUUAAGAAGUAGAAUUUUUUGUGUGUGAGCAGAUGCUAAUAAAAACUAAAGAAUCUCAUGAUCAUUUCACAUUACGGUUCUUGAGAAUAUCUUGGGUGCCGGGGGUUUUCAAAUUACAAACCGAUUCAUUCAAUAGUCGUGUUUGACACAAAAUAGUAACGAAAAAAUAAGGGUUUUCGAAUUUGGAGUGAUGAGCUAUCUAUCACAGCGUUUCCCUUUCAGUUGAAAAGUGACUUCUGAAGUGUACUGUAUAUUAGUGAUUAAUGCAUUUAAUUUAGCUAGAAAGAUGAAAAUGUACUGAAUUUUUAAUAUUUUGAAAAAUCUUCCUGCUGAUGAUAUUUGAAAGUUAUUUUCCAAUUUUGUAUAUAUAGGAUUUAAUCGUACUGGAACGUUUUGUUAGUUUUAAACAGUAAUAUUUUAUAGUUUAUAGAAUGAAUGAAUGUAUGUAUGUGUGUGUGCAGUUGAAAAUUGAAUUUUUUAUUGUGUACCUAAUAAUUUUUUAUAGAAUUUCGCGGACAAAAUCUACCUAAGUUGUACAUAAUUCUCAGUUAAUUUUCUAAUAUUAGUUUAUUCUACAUUGUUAUCACAGAGCUUUCAUUACCCAGUCAAAAUAUGAAUAUAUUGGAGUUUUCAAACAAAUAUGAGUAAUGUCAAAGUUGAUGAAACAGUCAGAUGGCGCUGGCAGCCUUAUAACCCAGUUGUGAAAUUGGUUGAUGACAAUUAUAUAUCUGAUUGAGUUUCUUCAUACUGUAUCUUAAAAAGACUUAGGUACUCAUAUCAACAUUUCACAACUUGCCAAAAGUGUUAUUUGCAUGGAAAAAAUCAAUGUUUCAAGAUAUAAUAUAAAAAACUAUGUUUGGUUGAUGUUUUCGAUGUAGUUGCUAGAUUUCUGCUGAAACUUUAUAAACUUGAAUGAUAAUGCAAAAAACUCAAGAAUUUACCCAGAAUAUCGGUGCUGCUUCUAUAACAAUAUAUACGCAUAUUGUUAUAUUUUGCUGAACUGUUUCAUGAAGUUUCAGCUGAAAUAUCGAGAAAAUUGUUUAACCUUGUCAUUUGACAUGCUAUAGAUGUAUUAUAUUUGUGUGAAAUUAAUACCAGAUAUCUGCCGGUUCCUGUUGUGUUUUAUAUUGAUUUCUCGUACACAUCCAAAAAUUUCGGUACCUACCUACUGACAUUUUCAUCCAGCGAAUGCAAAUGCUGAAAUUAUUUGCAGUGUUCCAAGAAGAUUUAGUGCUGUUCUUCAAAUAACUGUUCUUGGCGAUAAUAUCGCCGAUAUAGCUGUGAGGUGCGUUUCAAUAAAGUGUAGGACGGAGUGAACCAUUUCAAUAUCAGGGCAUUCGUAAUUGUUUCAGUAUUAUAUUCUCCCAGGGCGUUCGAUUGUUGAAGUUAACUAGCUUUCAACAAUAGAUUAAUCUAUUCUUUAAGUAUCCAUACUUUCACUCUCAAUUAUCCGACUUCAACAGAUAUUUUCCCAGUUAUUUCCAAAGUUCUAUUGAUUAAUAUUAUAUUCAGAUUUCUGUGUAUUUCUGAUCAUUUUAAUUAAACUUCAAUGAGUUGUCAAAAUAUUGUUUGGAAAAUAAAUCUACCAAUUACCAACGACAUCGUAUUUCGUUCGUUACCGGACCAUGGGUGUUAUUAUGAAACGCAUCUCUGAAUUUUGUGGGACAAUUUCAAAUUAUUUUCUGUGAAUCCAUCAUUUCUGCCACCAUACCAGAAAAGUAAAAAUAUUUUUUUAAUAUGCAGUCGCCUGAAAAUAAGAGGAGCAAUAUUGAUUCAUAUCGACCUAAUAGAUGAUUCCAACAUAGUAGCAGUAUUUUCAGUCUUGACAUGUUGAAAAGAUUCAUUGGACGAAUGCUUUUAGAUAAUUUGAUGUUUCAAUUUAGAUUCAACUUAUUAUUUUGUUUAGAAAUAAUUGAGAUUAUGGAAUGUGCAUUUCUUCCACGAUUGCUUCAUAUAUCAUAUAUUUACUUGGUGGCCACACGAGAAUCGGGCCGCCCCUGUAAUUUCUGAAUCACACCCUGUAUAUUUUCACAUUUUUGGAUUCAGGAGAAAUACAGUCGUAUAAUUAAUAUAAAAAAAUUGCAAACAUUGAAAAUGCUGCACAACGUUUCGACAACGUUGGCAAACUUUUAGGUCAAUUUAUUCUUAUAUAUAGGGUGACACGUUUGGAAGGUAUGAUGUUAUUGAUGAAAAUUUCUCAACUGAUUUUGCGCAUGAUUUAAUCGCACUAAAUAAGAUUGAGUUGAAUCAACAAGCUCAAUUUUAUUUUCAUUCUGAUUCCUUCAAUCCCGAUGAAGAAACCACCUCCUUGAAAUUAGAACUUAUAAACUCAUUGGAGAAAACAAAACACUUACACGCUGAAUUUCGUAAUGUUUUUUCUGAAAAUACUGCUCAGGAAUAUAUAUUCAAGUUUGAAGGUGUUUGAAAAUUUAUGACUUGUUGAAGUUUCAAAAUAUAAUAUGUAUAAACAUUGUAAUAUAUCUGUAUAUAAAAUAGGGAUGGUUUUUGGAUGUGUUUUCUAAAAUACUUUCAAAUACGUUCAUUCAACAUCAUUAUAUUGACACCUGGCAUAAUACUCAAAGACUGUAGUCUAAUAUAAAACACAUCAAACCACUUCGAGAGAUGUACUUAUUUAUAUCUGGUUCAUGACAAUACUUUAGAUAUAAAUAAUAAUUAAGAAAAACCAAUUAUUGAUAUUGUUAUAAGUCAAAUCCUACCUAAUAAAAUUAUGUUUUCAUGUAUGUAUUAGCAAGAAACUCUCUUUCUACAAUUAUCACAUUUCCUGAACUCCAAUUAUUGUAUGUAUGUACCUAUUGAAUUUUUUCAAAUUGGACUCCCAACACUGGCCAUAGUGAUUUUUUUCACAAUAAACGGCUCAGAAAUUGAAACAACCAUAUUUUUCGUAAUAAGUUACCAAAUGAGAUAUUGUUAAAAAACACAUGUAUACAAUUUGAAUGUUACCUACCGUAUUUGUGCAUUAAUAAAAAAUGUGUCACAAUCUGGUUUUCUUGAUCUUGUACAAUCUGUCAGGUCAUAGAGUUGCAUCAUUCAAUUUAUAUGGUGUAUAUUAGUGUAAUUGAGUUUUUUUUCGUAUUGAUUGCAGAGCUGGGCAUUACUUGAAGUACUUCAAAAAUUUGGUACUUGAUACUUGCUGGCCAUCGAAAAUUACUUGGUACUUGACUAAAAAAAAAGUGUACUUCAAGUACAUGAAAAAAUACUUCAAGUAUUGUGGAACUACUUCAAUUACUUUGACAGUACUUCAAGUACUUAGACAAUACUUCAAGUACUCAGAGAUUAGUAGUCUUAUCUUGGGCAAGUAAUGUAACGUAACGGCAUCACAUAAUACCUGUCGAAACCUGCAGAAGUGGUAUUCAGAAUUCUAUAAAGGUAAGAACUUUGAACUUAUUUCUCAGAUUCGAAUCAAAUAUCGUAGUUGAUCAAUUUAUCAUCUGCAUGCUUCGUGUUCGUUUUAUAGCAAUUAGCAAUUUUGAUAAAAGUUUCAUUUGAAAAGACUUCGUUAGAGACUAUUAGCCAUAUAGGUAUAGUAUACAGUACGGUCCAUUUUUUCAUACGACGCUGGAAAAAGUAUGCGCAUCGGGUGGCUUGUCAGAAAAUGGGUUUUCUGUGACUUUGGAGUCACCCAGAGGCUGGUUAACCUAUUUUGUGAAAUGCCACAAAAUACUUGGGAGUUUGAUAAAAAUUUCCAUUUCAACACUCGGUAUAGCGAUAGCGUCUUGAAGUUGUAGAGGGGGACCAAUUCUCCUCGAAAAAAGAAAAAUCUGCCAUGCCACUUGUGGUCAGGUGCCGAUUUUUGUCUCCGUAUCUCUAACUAAUACUUCGAUCAGUUUCAGACCACUGUGUGCUUCAAUUUAUUGAUUUCUUAAUGAAAAUUAUUUGAUACUUCCAUCUCAAAUAUAUACUUGAAGUAAUUAAAAAUACUUGAAGUAAUGAAAAAAAUACUCGAAGUAAUUGAUCUAGCACAGAAAUAGUACUUACACCCAAAAUUCCAAGUACUAUUGAAAAGUACUCGAUACUUGAAGUAGGUACUUUUUUAUUGGAAUAUUACUUGGUACUUGAUAGAAAUUUAUCUUACCUCGAUACUUGGUACUUAGUACUUCAAGUACAAUUAUCGAGUACUUUGCCCAGCUCUGAUUGAUUGAAAUAAGCAGAUUACUGAAAGGAUGGGGAAUAAUUCAUUUUCGUGGACAAAAUACGUAAACUGAUUCGGUUUCGCUAAAAAUUCGUUGUGCUCAUAAAAAAAUAUUAUAGGUACCGCAAGGAGAGAAAAGAAAAUGACAAAUUGCUAUCUUUUCGAAUUGCCUGUGACCCUGUGUACGAAAUUUCAAGACCACCUUUGAACUUUUAGAAUUUAGGUUAAGCGGAAUGACCUGAGUGUGUAUACUGGAUGCCUUAUUAGUCAAGAUAAUUGCAUUUAAAAUU